UAUCUCCCCUCAAUACACUACUGAAAUAUGGCUUCCGGUCCAAACAAAAUACCCCGAAAUUAAUAUUUGCAGGUUUAGUUGAUAACCAUGCAGGAAGUAAAGUGGAAAGAAUCUCGAUACAAAGAAUCCUUAUCUACAGCAUUAUAUAAAUUACAACAAGCAGAUUGUUUGUGUGACAUAUGGAUCUGUACCAAAACAAGAAUGGUACCAGUUCACAGACUGAUGUUAGAAGCAUUCACUGGUCCCCUUUGUAAUACCAGUGUAAAAGAUGGAACCAGUCCUAUCAGUAACUUUAUAGAUAUUUGUAGUAGAUUUGCUCGUUCCAUCGUACUGAUACUUGUACGAUACUUGUACACUGGGGAAGUAAUAAUUGAUGUGGAGUUGAUCAGUGAAUUUAUUAAACUCUGUAAGUUGCUUCAUUUAGACAGUGUUGUUUUAGGGAUGGAAACUGAAAUGGAAUUUUUGAACAAGAAUGUAAAACAGGAAGUGACAUAUCUUGAUAAUAAUUCAGGUUUUUGUCCUGAAAGGACUUCACAGCCUCCAGUUCCUGUCUCUCUUAUUACCAACAAAAACAAUGAGUCUGAAACUUUUGAAGAUUCUUUCAUACAGCAAAAUUCUGACUUUAUAGAAGAAGUGAAAAAAGAAAUUACUGGUGAUUUUGGUACCUUGAAUGUUAGAUUGGGAUCCAGUUCACCAUGUGAAAACAAUAAAAGAGGUCAAGAAAGGGAGAAGCACAAUGAAAACCAAAAUGAAACCAUUUCAGUUGAAGGAUCAAUUGAUAUAGAUGAUGACAAUGAAAAUGCAAGCCCUCAAAAAAGGCAAAGACUAUCAGAAAAUAACCAAAGUGUGGUUGAUAUUGAAACUGAAAAAAGGCUUUAUAAGUUAGUCUGUAAAAUGACUUCUGAUGAUGAAAGUAACAUAAUGGAAAAAAGAACAUGCUCAAAAUGUAAUAAAGUUUUAGAGAUAACCAAAUAUUUGAAACAUAUGAAAAAUGAACAUAGUCUUUUUGCUUGUCCUAUGUGUGACUGGAUUGGACAUCAAAUUGGUCAUCUAUCUGAUCAUAUGCAUAGCCAGCACAAAGUUGUGAUCUCAUCAAAAAAAACCUGUGGCAUUAAGACUGUAGAAACGUCUGAAGAAAGUGAACUAAUGUAUAUAACACAAGCAGAACCUUUCCAACAACACAUCCAGCUAUCCGACAGUGACGAACUUGACCAGUCAAGUAUCAUAUCCAAUUUGCGGAAACCUCACGAAAGAAAUGAUUCCAACACAGAAAAAUUGCCCACAAGUCAAAGGACCGCUUUAUCAAAAAGUAUCAAAGAACUAUGGCAAACUGAAAUCAACAGUGACCAAACUUCUGUUGUAAUGGAAGGAAUAAGACAAUCAUGUACAAGUAGGAUUCCAAAUCAAGCAACAACAUCUGAAAAUUUAGACUUCGAUAUUUUAGAUCCACAACCGUUAGAAAAUUUAGAACAAAUUCUAGAAAUUGCAAACAGUUUACCCUCAUUACCAGAAAUUCAACAGGAUGUAAUGUCAAUUACUGACACGAAGGACCAUUUGAACACUACCAAAGAUUUGUCAAAGGAGGGUAAAAACAUGGACGAAAGAGUAAAGUGUAAACUUUGUGAUAUAAUUGUAGGUAAACGCUCCUUGCGACGUCAUGAGCGUACUCAUGGUCAUCAUUUGAAGUGUCCAUCUUGUUCUGCUAAAUUUACAGAACCAUGGGCAUUGAAAAAUCAUAUUUUACGUCAUUCGGAACCUUAUGUUUGUGAUACCUGUGGUAAAACUUUUAUGUCCAGUUCAGGAUUACAUGUGCAUAUGAGAAGGCACGACGGAAAUCAACGUUUUGUGUGCCAUGAGUGUGGAAAAAGCUUCAGUACACAUAUGCAUUAUCAAGGGCACAUAAAUAGUGUGCAUUUGAACAAACGUGACCACAUUUGUGAACAUUGUAAUAAAGGGUUUUCAUAUAAAACUUCCUUAGACAGACAUAAAAGGGAAUGCAAGUUUUCACCUGAAGAAAAUAGAGAAGAAUAUAGUUGUGAAUACUGUGGUACAAAGACAAAAAGCUUACGUUUCCUGCAAGAGCAUAUAAAGGGGAAACAUAAGAAACAACAGAUUAUUUGUCAUUGUGGAAAAAUCUUUGCAUGGACUAGGUCUUAUAAACGUCAUCAGAAAUCUUGUUUGAUAAAGUGAAGGACUACUGUUAUAAAAACAUUCUCUAACAUUUUGUGAAAUACAGGAAAGGAAGAUGUCUUAUAAAUGUCAUUAACUAUUUUGUUUUACAAAGAAAUGGACU